UCCACCCACACAACUAGCGACAUUGUAGCAGUGUGCGACAAGUUUUGGCGUUUCAGAGAUGUUCCCUCCCACUGUCAAUGUUGGGUCUACUGUGUUGUGUGUGCUGAUGGUGCAACUGUACAGUGACCGCUAUUUACCUUUUGAGGAGGGUUACACAUACACUCGCUGUUGGAUAUCAAUUUGACAUUGACGCCGGAGAUGGACAGCUAGCUCGCAUAUAAAGACGAAAUGUGUAUCUUAGCUAUCGGUCACUUCUGGGACACGCAUCAUCAAAGAAACGUAGGAGGUGAUGAGAAUCAUGAAGCCAACCCGUCACCUACUCCUGGUGCUUUGUCCCAUGGUGGUCCUGGGCUUCCUCUACUACUCCUCUGGGAGACUGCACCCCUGGGGCUGGGGACAUAAAUCACAGAAAGACCUGGAUAGUUUUGUCUCCGUGGGACAAUUAUUUCACUCAGUGUAUGACAAACAGGGAUUCUUGCUGAAGUUGGAUGGUAAUCUGCCUUUGGAGCUGAUGUACAAGUAUGGCAAUCUCAGCGAGGGAGUCUGCAAACCUGGCUAUGCAGCUGCCAAGAUGACUGCCAUUUAUCCAAAGUUCACUAAACCAGCCCCCAUGUUCCUUGAUCCGAAUUUUAGACGAUUCAACAAAAUCAGCAAAUUCUUCCCACCUUUUGGAAUAAAAUUGCAAGAAAAGAUCAUAGAUAAUAUUCUGACAGCCACAAAGAGCUAUGGUCUGGAAGAUGAGCUGGACAGUCUGAGUUGUAAAAAGUGCAUCAUCAUGGGAAAUGGUGCUAUUCUGACCAACAAGUCUAUGGGUGCAAGGAUUGACGAGUACAACGUGAUUGCAAGGUUGAACGAGGCUCCAGUGAGUGGCUAUGAGAAAGAUGUGGGCUCCCGGACCACUAUUCGUAUCACCUACCCAGAGGGAGCCAUCCAGAAGACUGAACGCUACGAACAGGACUCCCUCUUCGUUCUCUCUGCCUUCAAAGCUCUCGACUUCAAAUGGCUGCGGUCCAUGAUCUUUAAAGAUAGGCUGCAUAGUACAGAUGGGUUCUGGAAGUCUGUGGCCCAUCAUGUCCCCAGGGAGCCCAGUGAGAUGAGGAUCCUCAACCCUUACUUCAUCCAGGAGGCUGCCUUCAGGUUCAUUGGCCUGCCACACAACAAAGGACAGAUGGGGAGAGGGAAUAUUCCGACACUGGGGACUGUUGCCAUAACAAUGGCCCUCCAUAACUGUGAUGAGGUAGCCGUGGCUGGAUUUGGUUAUGACAUGAGUACCCCCCACGCCCCCCUACACUACUACGAGAAGAUCAGGAUGGCAGCCAUCAAACAGUCCUGGACUCAUAACAUUUCUAAAGAGAAGGAGUUCCUGAUUAAGCUGGUGAAGGCCGGGGUUAUACAGGACUUGACCCAUGGGAUCUGUGGCUCAGGGUGCUGAUGACAACAUCCAGCCAAUCCCAGAUCACAGAGAGAUAUGGAGGAGAAACACAGGGGCAGCAUUGUGAAGUCCUGCUCUGUUCCCCUCAACCUAACCUUCACCGCUGGCUGAGGCAUACUGUUGUCAGGACAGAAGUCUGGUGAAGGGUUCUGAAGCGUUCCUAUCUCUGACAGAAGAUAAAUGUGGUAAAUGGCAUCUUCACUGGACUUCCUUGGAGAGAUAGAACUAUACACAACACUUUAGAAUACUCUAGAACACAGAGAGCUUGAACUCUGUAGAACACGGAGUUAUACUGUUCUAUUUUAUGAUUUGCUGCAGUGUGACAAUAGUUUUAAGUUUUAUUAGUCAUAUGUAUGGGAUAUACAUGGUAUGCACCGUCGAACCCAAUGCUUACUUGCAAGUUCCUUCUCGACAAUGCAACAACAAUAAUAAAUAAUAAAUGAUAAGAAUAUGAACAUAAAGUAAAUGGCUCAGUUGAAUAGAAUAUAUUUAUUUGUAUAAGUAUAGUACAGGAAGGCACAAUUUAUAGUCCAGUAUUUACCCAUGUGUUUUGGGGAUUUGGGGGCAAGUGUUUAUAUUGUGCAGUAUUUAGCAAUCGUAAUAAGAGUCUGGUAGCAGCAUUUGUGGUGUGUGUGUGCGUGAGCGAGUGCGCUAAGGUGACGAGAAUCAGAGCAGGUGGUCAGUCAAGUUCAAGUGUUAAGCAGUCUGAUGGUUGGUAGAUACAAAUUGUCACUGAGCCUGUUGGUAUCAGACAUCAUGCUCCGAUACCGUCUGCCUGACGGUAAGGGAGUAAACAACUUGUGGCUGGAAUGUGUGGGGUCCUUAAUGAUGACUGGAGCUUUCCUCAGGCACCGUUUCGAGUAGAUGUCCUAGAUGGGUCGGAGCAUGGUCCCAGUGAUGUGGUGGGCCGUCUUCACCACUCGCUGGAGGGCCUUGUGGUCGUGAAUGGAGCGAUUCCUGUACCAGUCCGUAAUGCAACCGGUCAGGGCACUCUCGAUGGUGCAUCGGCAGUAUUUGGAGAGGACCCGGAGUGACAUGCCAAAUUUCUUCAGUCGCCUUAGGAAUUACAGACGCUGACGAGUGGUGGUGUUGUUGGUCCAUGACAAGUCCUCUGUGAUGUGGACACUGAGGAACUUAAAACUGCUGACUCAAUACAGUAUCAUGAAAAGAUGGACUGAGAAUAUCUUUGGAGGAGGAAGAAGUGAAUACCUCUGCUCAUACAGUAUACUUGAAUAUAUUCAGUCACCACAUACGCAUCUUAGAAACUGUUGUUACUGUUCUUAAACUGUUAUUUUCAGAUCUCGUAAUGGCUGCGGUGCCCUCUUUAUCUGGGCUUCGUCAUUAUGGGAUGGUUGACAUCGGGGUAGCAAAUAAUGCGCAUACAUAUUCUGCUUUUACUGUAUCAGGAAGCAGAGAUGCUCAUGACUGUUAGAAGCCCUCCACAACUUCCUUCCUCCCCCCUUUUAAGAUGUAUUACAAUUAUUUACCUUUAAAGGUUACUUUGUUCUACUGUCGUUUUUUUCAAUGCAAAGAGGAGGACUGAACAAUCAAUCCCCUCACUGGAUAAACAUAUAUUAUUUGUAAGAGCCUAUAUUUUAUUUUACUGUUCUCUGUGAGAAACACUGGGCUUUGUGUGAUCUUAAGUCCAUCAGUGUGGUUCCCAAACACUGAACUGUCCCGGAUCACGUUUCACACUGUUACUCUGGUCUUAAUGCUGUUAUCUUUGCCUGAGUCCCAAAUGACACCCUAUUACAGGGUUCUCCAACUCUGUUCCUGGGGAGCUACCAUUCUGUAGGUUUUCGCUCUAACACUAAUCUAGUACACCUGAUUCUAAUAAUUAGCUGGCUGAUCAACUGAAUCAGGUUAGUUGGAGAGAAAAAACAAACAGGAGGGUGGCUCUCCAGGAACAGGGUUGGAGAGCCAUGUCCUAUUGCCUAUGUACUGUACUACUUUUGGCCAGGAGCCUAUACGUCAUUAAACAGACAAUCUUAUCCAGUCCGACUUUCAGGAGCAAUUAGGGUUAAGUGCCUUGCUCAAAGGCACAAUUUUAUCUAGUUGGCUAGGGGAUUUGAAUCAGCGACUUUAACACUCUUAACUGCUAGGCUACCUGCAGCCCUAUAGGGAAUAGGGUGUCAUUUGGGAUGCUUCCUUUAUGUCAGGCCUCUGCAUGGCCUGCAAACAUACUCAGUGUUACUACUGACUACUGUCAGUUGUUGUAUAAAUGUUAUAAUUUUCUUUGUUUUUGCCCAAAAUAAUAGAAAUGUUUUAAGUAAUAAUAUGUGUUGUCUUAACCGGCAUUCUCUGUUCAACUACAUAAUGUCUUAUUUUCUACAUUUUUGGUAGCGUAAAAUGCAUUACUGUAAAAUGGAUUACAGAACUUACUGGAAGAAAGUGGCCAAUCAUUUGCUGUAAUUAAUUUUACAGUACUGCUACUGUAAUCCAUUUUACGGUAAUGCAUUUUACCCUACCAACAAUGUUACUGUAAUCUAAUUUACAGUAUAUUACUGGAAUUACCCAUGCAGCAACAUAUUAUGCAGUGUUCUUUGCAAGGUCUCCUUUUGAUAUUUACCUUUUGGUAAUUUAGCGGGUGCUCUUGUCCUUAGCAAUUUUCAGUCAAAUCAAAUGUUAUUUGUCACAUACUUACAAGCCCUUAACCAACAAUGCAGUUAAAGAAAUGGAGUUUAAAAAAAUAUUUACUAAAUCAACUUAAGUAAAAAAUUAUAUAAAAUGUUACACAAUAAAAUAACAAUAACGGGGUUAUAUACAGGGGGUAUCGGUAUGUGCGGAGGUACAGGUUAGUCGAAGUAAUUUGUACAUGUAGGGGUAAAGUGACUAUGCAUAGAUAAUAAACAGCGAGUAGCAGCAGUGUAAAAACAGUCCGUGUGGCCAUUUGAUUAAUUGUUCAGCAGUCUUAUGGCUUGGGGGUAGAAGCUGUUAAGGAGCCUUUUGGACCUAGACUUGGCGCUCCGGUACCGCUUCCCAUGCAGUAGCAGAUUGAACAGUCUAUGACAUGGGUGGCUGGAAUCUUUGACACUUUUUCUCUGACACUGCCUAGUAUAUAGGUAUUGGAUGUCAGGAAGCUUGGCCCCAGAUGCACUGUAGCGCCUUUUGGUCGGAGCAGUUGCCAUACCAGGCGGUGAUGCAACCGGUCAGGAUGCUCUCAAUGGUUCAGCUGUAGAACUUUUUAGGGAUCAGGGGACCCAUGCCAAAUCUUUUCAGUCUCCCGAGGGGGAAAAGGUGUUGGCCAGGGACUGACUGAAACAAUAAUUCUGGCCGGGAAUUUGACUCCAUCCCAGGCCACCCUGUUCACGCAAACCAUCAGACUGCAAAUUUUUAGGCUAACCCUUUUUGUUGAAGUAACGGGUUCCAAACUUGUAUUAAAUUUGGUCACUAUGUUCAUCUGGGAAGAAAGUUAUCCACAUGACAAAAUACAAACAUUUGGGACUGACCAACAAGUAGCCUAUCUGAACACUGAGUUUUCAAGGUAUGCUAUGGCUAUGGGUGCACCCUCAAAAACUCACUAGGAAUACACCAAUCACAGCACAUACAAAUGUACAAGGCUAGACGCACAAAACAAUUAACCUACACUUGAUAAAAAGACAAUGAGAUAUACAGAGUUAGCUCAAAUGUUCAAAUGGUUAUCUUUAUAUUCAAGCAUCAAGCAUAUCAAAAGUAUCAAAAACCAUAAGCUACAACAAUGUAAGUAAGUAUAAUACAAAAGUUGAAAAAGCACUCCUCUACAAAAAAUGUAGACUACAAUGUUCACUCACUGGUGUCCAUAAAGCAAACAGCACAAAAAUAAACAUAUCUAUCCACUGAGUCAAUGAAAUUGAACAUUAGCUACAUAACUGCAAGUAUAAUACGAAAGUCCAAAAAACAAGCCUCUAUACAAAAGCUUUAACUCACAGCAAAUUUUCUUUCACCCUUGUCAGCCUGUUAAGGAAGAGUCAUAUCAUAGCUACUUCAGAGUAACCAGUGAGUAAUUACAACUAGUAAACCAGUAGGCGGUGCAGUAACUCACUGCUCUCUGCCAUCUUGUCAAUAAUGUCAUCUUUGUCAAGUCCCAUAAGAAUCUCCUUCUCUGUUGCCAUCAAAAGGAACGCUUUAAGGUUCUCUUGAGUGAGGGAGGUUCUCAUCACUAAGCUAAGGAUCCUGGGACUAAACACCUCCCUCUGCAACUGGAUCCUGGACUUCCUGAUGGGCCACCCCCAGGUGGUGAGGGUAGGUAACAACACAUCUGCCACGCUGAUCCUCAACACUGGAGCUCCCCAGGGGUGUGUGCUCAGUCCCCUCAUGUACUCCCUGUUCACCCACGACUGCAUGGCCAGGCACGACUCCAACACCAUCAUUUGCAGACGACACAACAGUGGUAGGCCUGAUCACCGACAAUGACGAGACAGCCGAUAGGGAGGAGGUCAGAGACCUGGCUGGGUGGUAACAGAAUAACAACCUAUCCCUCAAUGUAACCAAGACUAAGGAAAUUAUUGUGGACUACAGGAAAAGGAGGACCAAGCAAGCCCCUAUUCUCAUCGACGGGGCUGUAGUGGAGCAGGUUGAGAGCUUCAAGUUCCUUGGUGUCCACAUCAACAACAAACUAGAAUGGUCCAAACACACCAAGACUGUCGUGAAGAGGGCACGACAAAGCCUAUUCCCCCUCAUGAAACAGAAAAUAGUUGACAUGGGUCCUGAGAUUCUCAAAAGGAUAUACAGCUGCAACAUUGAGAGCAUCCUGACUGGUUGCAUCACUGCCUGGUACGGCAAUUGCUCGGCUUCCGACCGCAAGGCACUACAGAGGGUAGUGGGUACGGCCCAGUACAUCACUGGGGCUGAGCUGCCUGCCAUCCAGGACCUCUACACCAGGCGGUGUCAGAGGAAGACCCUAAAAAUUGUCAAAGACCCCAGCCACCCCAGUCAUAAACUGUUCUCUCUACUACCGCAUGGCAAGCGGUACCGGACUGCCAAGUCUAGGACAAAAAGGCUUCUCAACAGUUUUUACCCCCAAGCCAUAAGACUUCUGAACAGGUAAUCAAAUGGCUCCCUGGACUAUUUGCGUUGUGUGCCUCCCCCCCUCUUUUACGCUGCUGCUACUCUCUGUUUAUCAUAUAUGCAUAGUCACUUUAACUAUACAUUCAUGUACAUACUACCUCAAUUGGGCCGACCAACCAGUGCUCCCGCACAUUGGCUAACCGGGCUAUCUGCAUUGUGUCCCACCACCCGCCAACCCCUCUAUUACGCUUCUGCUACUCUCUGUUCAUCAUAUAUGCAUAGUCACUUUAACCAUAUCUACAUGUACAUACUACCUCAAUCAGCCUGACUAACCGGUGUGUGUAUGUAGCCUCGCUACUUUUAUAACCUCGCUACUGUAUAUAGCCUCUCUACUGUUAUUUUUCACUGUCUUUUUACUGUUGUUUUAUUUAUUUAUUUAUUUUAUUUCUUUACUUACCUGUUGUUCACCUAAUAGCUGUUUUGCACUAUUGGUUAGAGACUGUAAGUAAUGUUUACUACACCUGUUGUAUUCGGCGCACGUGACAAAUAAACUUUGAUUUGAUUUGA